CCAAAACACCCUAUCGCCCCCCUGCCUUGAGCUGCAAUCCGAUGAACCAGCAAAACCGUGGACGAGCACCGCCGGUAUUCUGCUCCCGAAUUCCACAGAUUUCCACUCCCCGCUCCCAAAGCCCCGAUACUUUAUAGCCGGCGACAGCAAGCCCAGCAAAAUCCCAUCUCCCAACCCGGAAAUCCUCCCACUCCCGGGAAUGAAUCAGCUUCCCCUUCCCCUUCUCUGAGAUCUCAGCCCGAGCCUGCGCGCCGCGACUUCCACCGGAAUCCUUCCCUCCUAGCCGCAACAUCGCCGGAUCGAUUCAGGCAUUCUUGGUGGCCGGAGAAGCAGUCUUUGGUCCUCUGCUUGAGAAGAAUAUAACUGUUGUUCAGAUCAUCAUCAGACAUGUCGCUGCUAUCGAAAUUGCGGCUGGUUACUGUGGAUGUGACUGGUACUCUGCUUGCUUACAAAGGACGGCUUGGUGAUUACUACUGCAUGGCUGCUAAGGCUGCUGGAAAGCCAUGCCCUGAUUAUGAUCGAAUGCACGAAGGCUUCAAGCUUGCAUACACUGAGAUGGCAAGGAAAUACCCAUGCUUUGGAUUUGCGGCAAAGAUGCCAACGAUUGAAUGGUGGAGGAUUUGUGUCAAGGAUUCAUUUGUUAAGGCUGGGUAUGAUUACGAUGAUGAGACAUUUGAUAAAGUGUUCAAGCGAAUUUAUUCCGCCUUUGGCUCCUCUGCGCCAUACUCUGUUUUUCCUGAUGCACAGCCCUUCAUGAGAGGGCUGAGGGAAAAGGGGAUCACAGUUGGAAUCGUCAGCAAUGCAGAGUACCGGUACAAAGAGGUCAUCUUGCCUGCGUUAGGGCUGAAUCAGGGCUCAGAGUGGGACUUCGGGGUGUUCUCAGGCAUCGUCGGUGUCGAGAAACCUGACCCAAAAAUCUACAAGAUCGCGCUGGAGAUGGCGGGGAACGUCGCACCGGAAGAGGCGCUCCACAUUGGCGACAGCUACCGCAAGGACUACGUCCCUGCACGGAGCAUCGGGAUGCACGCGCUGCUCCUGGACCGGUUCAAGACCGCCGACGCCGAGAGCUGGAGGCAGUCCGGCGCGCCGGUGCUCCCUGAUCUCGAAGCCGCGCAGGCAUGGCUCACCAAGAACCCGACCGAGGAACCCGCUGAGGAGCCACUAGGGGCCGCACUGCUGCGCAGGAUGGCCGAGAAGCUCUGAAUCUCGCCCCUGGGAUGGUUCCUGUUGUGCUCUUGCUGGGGAGUGAGGGAGCCAAGGAGAAGGGAUGUGUUGUAGCGAUGGUUCACUGGCCAGUUUAGCUAGCUGGAGCUACUUGAACUCUGGUAGUAGGCUUCCAGUGCUGUUGUUGACUGCUGAAUGUGGCCAAGUGAUUCAGCCGUGCGACAAACAUCUUGCAAUGACGAAUAAUUCUAAUCAUGUUUCGCAUAAUGGAGGAAUUUAACAUGA